UCUCUCUCAGCCUGUUCGGCUGAACCGGAAAUGAUUAGUUGGCAUUAGCAACGUCUCGGCCGAGCCAGGCCUGAAUAAAGAGCUAGCUGAAGAAAGAGAUACAGACAGACAGAACACCCUGAAGAGCAGUUGAUCAUCUGUCGAGCCUCAUCCUGAGAUCGUGAGGCGAGAGACUGUAGCAGAAUGACCAGCUCCUCUACCCCUAGAAUGCACACAUACAAGAGGACGUCCAGCCCUCGAUCUCCACCGAAUGCAGGAGAGCUCUUCACACCAGCACAUGAAGAGAAUGUGCGCUUCAUCCACGACACUUGGCUUUGUGUUCUGAGAGACAUUAAAUCCCCACAAAACAGUGAACGAAAUGAUCGUGGACCGCAGGAGUAUGUGGAGAAGAACCCAAAUCCCAACCUACAUUCUUUUAUUCCAGUGGACCUGAGUGACCUUAAGAAGCGGAACACACAAGACUCCAAGAAGUCUUAGACCGGUCCCUCUCUCUCUGAUCCAGCAGGGUUUUGUUGUAGUUUUUUUGUCCUCCCUUUUACAUUUGGGACCUUUUACUUUCUCAGUCUUCUGUUGGCCAACAAAGAGCCUCAGGCUGGGAUGUUUGGCCACAUUAGUCCAGAAAGCUUCUCUAUCUCUGCCUCAUGGACCUGUGGUCUGGACUUACAGGCUGACAGCUAUUUAUGAGUAACAUUUUCAAGAGCCGUUUGAGCGGCCAUUCCCUGUUUUCAUGUCCAUCCGGGCUCUCUGAUCUUUGUUUUUGUAUAGUUUUUUUUGCAGAUGGGUAAAUAACAAAGACCUGUUACAGGUUAUUUUUUUUGUUUUUUGAUGUGGAGAUGGGAAAGAACAAUGAUGCUCAAACUGUUGGACAGACUCUACAGAGACUUUCUCAAAAUGGGCCGCAGGCCUGGAAUUGAUUGCUUUUUGGAAACGCGCCGGCGAGCGACUGAAUGUUCAGUUAGUUUCAUAGCUUGAUUGAUCCGUAGAAGAAUUUAGCGAGUUUUGUCUGGUAGGACAGGUAAGUUGGGCUCGGCAGAUAUUUUUAGUAAAUGUACCUCCAUUUUUAACCAUGAAUUGAUCCCUUCAAGAACCCUGAGUCCACUUUUCCAAAUCUUUCAUUCCCAGCCUUUAAAAUAAAAUGAAAAUAAAGAUGACUUUUAUGUUA